GCCAGCAAGGCUACAAGUGCUACCUUGUAUUUAAAACCGUCUCAUAGCGCGCCUGUUAGCUCGUCUCAUGCUUGAAACGUUUUUACCCGACAAUGGUCUUUUGUCAAGAUCUCGGAUAUAGGGCGAUUCUUCUUCUGCGAAAUGACUUCGAUUUCACGAUCGUUUACAUUUACUUUAUGUCUCCGCGAAUUCCGAAGUUCCCUCACCAAGAAUGAUGUUCGCUCCGAAUCAUGAGUUUGAGCCGCUUUCGUUCGUACUUGGAAUUAUCGCAGGCUGCCUCUUCUUAGCACUUGUCCGGACGUGCUAUCACUUCGCCAGCCGGGUAAACAUGCAAAGAGAGACGAUAGCAUUGGAAGUAGUGAGGGAUGUACAGCAGUACGCUGGGGGAAGCCUGGGAGGCGGGACUCCCGAUGAAAGGGAGGAUCCUGAGCUUUGGCCCACACAGCCUUUGCGUUUCGUAGGAACUCUGGGCACGGAAGCUUUGGGAAACGAUGACACCAAGAACGACGCAGGGAGUUUCGAUAGUGGGGUGUGAAAUGUGUGGAGCAUGAGCACUACAGUUAGGACUUCAUAAACCGUUGCAACGAUAC